UUCACUUUGACUGACCUUUUAAACAGAAAGUGAAACGACUUGGCCGCCACAUACGCAGUAGUUAAACGCUUGCACACAAGACUAACAGGACCAUCCAAGCAUUCAAGAAAAACAGACAAGAUGAUCAAAUACGUCAAAGCUCAAGGCUCGUGCAUGUGCCGAAAAGAAGAUUCUACCGCUUCUGAUCCAGCAGAAGAAUCUAUUGUUAUUGACCUCGAUAAAAACGAGGCAAAAAUAGCUGAAAACGCGAGGGCCGCAGCUAAGGAGAUUCUAGAGGAUGCACUGGACAAAAAUAUGUAUGGCACAGACCAACCUAUCCAGUUUGGAUAUACUUGUGGCGACCUUGUUGACCCUUACAAGUUCUGUGCUAUACCCACAAAAGAUGUCAUAUCAAAUAUGUUAGGAAAAUUGGACAAAGUGAAAUUUAAGAAAGAAAUUGCGUCAUCGUGCGACUGUGAUUACGCCUAUGUUUUUCCUACUGAUAAAGAAUGUAUCGUGUACUUGUGUAAGCAGUUCUGGCAGGCUCCAACCAACCUCGAAAAGGAUUCACAGCCCGGGACCCUCAUCCACGAGGUGUCGCACUUCUUGGGAACAAAAGACAUCACUUAUGAGGGACUGUACGUCGAGGUCCAUGAAGUUAGUGAGAGGCUGUUUGGAAUAUCAAAUGUUAUAACUAUACGUGGAGCAGAAGCAACUCAACACGCUGCUAUCGAGGCAGGGCAGAUGAACGCCAACAGCCUUGAGUAUGAAUACGAGACUGUGCUGAAUCACGAAGGGUCAUAUUUAAAUGGAAGCUAUAAGUGUUGUGGUGAAACCAAAAGGAAUUCUGUUUGUCAAAGGCGAGACACAGGGCACUAUCAUUUACACAAGAAUUUCGGGCCUGAUGGUAAAAGAAAGUAACGGCUCCUGAACUCCGGCCGGGUCAAAGCAGUAUUUUAGUAACUGCAAUAAGACCCAUACCGAAAGAAUGGAAACAUCAUGCAACGGCAAGAAGACUAGAGCUGAUGACUGUAAUUUGAUGCUAUUUUAAAUGCAAUUGGAAAGUUUUAAAACGUUCUAUAUUCCAGCUUUAACUGAAUAAUUUGUAUAUCUUUUUACUGUUUAGUACUGAUUUUUUUGUUACAAAAAAUGUAUGCCCAAUUAAAACAUUUGAUUCCUUUUA